AUGUUCACUCCGACGCAACCUCAUUUAGAUGGUGCCCCCGAAAUUUCUCAUGGAGCGCACUAUACGGCUCCCAGAUCUUGGAGCAACUUAAGGAGAUGGAGUGUACAAAAGAGUCAAUCUAACGUCGUGCGCGAGCAAGAGCAGUCAAGCAGCAACAACUACAACCACUGUCACAUCAAUGCUGCAACUUCACAGCCAUGGCGUCCAAAAGUCCUCUCUUUCCUCAAACACAUCUUAGUAUUAGUCGCCUUCUCCCUUCCGAUCAUCUUCUUCGCCCUCGUCACCAAAGUUCCAAAAUGGUAUGCCUUUGAGGCCGAUUACUGGGUAUCAAAUGCCUUCACCCACUGCAACUUCAAUGGACAGUUCACACCCUAUGACAAACCAUCUAUUAGCCUUUGGGAUCCUUCGGGAUUCUUCUAUAUCACCGUCUCCUGGGGGAAAAUGGCGUUCUCAACAGCAAAAUUCAUCGAUAUCGUGUGGGACAUUGUCGUUGGGCGCGGAGGACAGGCUUUCCUGGCCGUGGUUACUUUCCAGGUCUCGUCUCAAUAUUUGGCCUUGGCUAUGCGCGAAGCCCCCGUCUCUUACAACACUUUCGAAUCCUUGGCUUUCGUGCCUCCAAGCCUGAUCAGGACAGGGCGGUUGGCCGUUGACUUGAUGACGAACCGAGGUUGGCGAGCAAGGUUGAUCAUGGUUUGGAUCAUACUGAGCUCUCUGUUCGUCCUCAGCUUUUCAAGUCUAAUCACGGCCAUGUCCGGUUAUAGCAGCGAUAUCAGCGCAGUUAUGACCGAUUAUGACAACGAGUCCAUCCAGUGGGCAAACUUUCAGGUGGUCCAAUUUGCGAUCAACGACGCGGAACGACUUGGAAUGUCUGGGCCAAUGUAUGUUACGGUGGGCGAUACCUGUGUUAAGCAAGGAUUUCUUGACGAUGACGAUGACGACGACGACGACGACGACGGCAAUAGCGGCAACUACAAGCAUAGCGAUAGUCCAUACUCGGGCAAGACUCGCAGCCGCCGGCGUGACAGUGAUAACUCGAGCCACGGCAAAGUCAAUUGGGAAUACGUUCCUACCAACUGCACAACAUUCUGGCAUGUUGUCCAGUAUGUGAGCAUGUAUGGCCUCAACGCGGACAACCACACCGAAAGCAACAUUACCCUUGACGGACAUAAGUACACGGUUGCUGCUCCAACGCUCAACAUCACGACCUCAUACUCGCCCGUUGCUCUGUCCACAUUAACAACAUAUCUGACCACCUUUUCGAUGUCGUCCCCUCCAGCUCCUGGGGCAUUGGAUGCCGUCUCGCAGCUGACAGACUUCACCUUUUGGUUGUACGAUAACGAAACCUAUCCGCUCUCCUAUGUUCUGGACAAUGCGUCCUGCCGAUACUCGAGGUGGCAUAACUGGGGCUUCUCGUUCCUCUUCCUGUUCAUUACGUCACUGCUGCUCGCGCUAUGGGCAAUUGGAACCUAUGCGUUAUGGCUAUACACUUACCUGAACCGUCCUCAGGAUGGCAUCCCCGGAGAACAGACGACAGGCGGCAUCUACAGGUCGAGCUGGUCGCUUGUUGAAGCUAUGAAGAGAGACGUGGGGCCAAAUGCUGUAACUCCCGACUUGGGAGAGGGCGAGAUCCGUGGAUUGGUGAGACGGCGACCCGGGCGUCUCAUUCAAGGCGUGGGGGGCAUCAACCGGUAUCAACGACCAAUUCUCUCGGAAUCCGAGAAGGAUGCUGCAGUCUCUCCGUCUCUGAUCACCCCUAGCCAGAAAGACCCCAUGACGCGCCGGUCGAAUUUCCAUUCCUGGUUGUUUCCCUCAAACCGUCCCAAGCAGCGUUCUGCAGACGAAAUCUAUUCGCCAGCGAACAGUGUAUUCGCACAUGCGGACUCGACUUUCUCUUCAACGUCUCGUCAUCCGAUUCUGCACUCACCUGCUGAUCCUGGGAGGACCAUGACGAUGACCUCGCGCAUGUCGGGUUUUGCAACCCCUCGAACAGAGUCUGUGAGCUUUGGCUUUUCUCCCGCCGCUGAGGCAGACAUCUUGGAGGGCUCUGGCAUUGUGAGUGGCACUGAUCCGGUAUCUGGAGCCCCAGGCGGAACCGGAUCUGCCAGGAAAUCCCGCCCGAGACUUAGUUUAAGCCGAAUCAUCUCACCAGCAUCACACGGGAGCAACCCACGAACAGCGUCCGUGCUUUCUCCACCGACCUCUGCAGCGGCCAAGUGGGUCUACUCUUCUGAGCCUACGUCGGCGUCUGAAGAUGCUUCGACGAUGACCAUUUCUCCCAUUCACGAAGACCGAAAGCCCAAGCCAGGCGAGGACGGCGCAAUCACUUGGAGGAAUGAUCUGGGUGACGGUUGA